GACGGGGCGCGCGGGACGCGAGCAGCUCGAGGGGUGCUGCCUUGGCGGCGUCGGGAGCCUGAGCCGCCGGCUGAGGAGCGGGCGCCGCGAUGGCCGAGGGCAGCGCCGUGUGCGACCCUCAGCACGCCGCGCGCCUGCUGCGAGCGCUCAGCUCUUUCCGCGAGGAGUCGCGCUUCUGCGACGCGCACCUGGUCCUCGACGGUGAGGAGAUCCCGGUGCAGAAGAACAUCCUGGCGGCGGCCAGUCCGUACAUCAGGACAAAGUUAAACUAUAAUCCUCCAAAAGAUGAUGGAUCAACUUAUAAGAUUGAACUUGAAGGGAUAUCGGUAAUGGUUAUGAGAGAGAUCCUGGAUUACAUCUUCAGUGGGCAGAUCAGGCUAAAUGAAGAUACAAUCCAAGAUGUCGUACAGGCAGCAGACCUGCUACUACUGACGGACCUUAAAACUCUGUGCUGCGAGUUUUUGGAAGGCUGUAUCGCUGCUGAGAACUGCAUCGGCAUCCGUGACUUCGCGCUGCAUUACUGCCUUCAUCACGUGCACUACCUUGCCACGGAAUACCUGGAGACUCAUUUCCGAGAUGUGAGCAGCACAGAAGAAUUCCUAGAACUGAGUCCUCAAAAGCUCAAAGAAGUGAUUUCUCUUGAGAAGUUAAAUGUUGGCAACGAAAGAUAUGUAUUUGAAGCAGUAAUUCGAUGGAUAGCACAUGAUACAGAAAUAAGAAAGGUCCACAUGAAGGAUGUUAUGUCAGCUCUGUGGGUUUCAGGCUUGGACUCCAGUUAUUUACGGGAACAGAUGCUGAAUGAACCAUUAGUACGAGAAAUUGUCAAGGAGUGUAGCAACAUUCCGCUCAGCCAGCCGCAGCAAGGGGAGGCCAUGCUGGCGAACUUCAAACCCCGGGGUUACUCCGAGUGCAUCGUGACUGUUGGUGGAGAAGAAAGAGUUUCACGGAAGCCAACGGCAGCGAUGCGAUGCAUGUGUCCUCUCUAUGACCCUAACAGGCAGCUCUGGAUUGAACUGGCCCCUUUAAGCAUGCCGAGAAUUAACCACGGAGUUCUCUCAGCAGAAGGAUUUUUAUUUGUAUUCGGGGGCCAAGACGAAAGUAAGCAGACACUGAGCUCGGGAGAAAAGUACGACCCAGAUGCAAACACGUGGACUGCGUUGCCACCCAUGAAUGAGGCAAGACAUAACUUUGGAAUCGUGGAGAUAGAUGGGAUGCUGUACGUUCUAGGAGGAGAGGACGGUGAAAAGGAGCUGAUCUCCAUGGAGUGUUACGACAUUUAUUCUAAAACCUGGACAAAGCAACCGGAUUUGACCAUGGUUAGAAAGAUUGGCUGCUAUGCAGCUAUGAAAAAGAAAAUCUAUGCCAUGGGAGGAGGAUCAUAUGGAAAACUGUUUGAAUCUGUGGAAUGUUAUGAUCCAAGGACCCAGCAAUGGACUGCUAUCUGUCCCCUAAAAGAGAGGAGAUUUGGAGCAGUGGCCUGUGGAGUUGCCAUGGAACUGUAUGUGUUCGGGGGAGUCAGAAGUCGUGAGGACAUCCAGGGUGGUGAGAUGGUCACUUGCAAGUCAGAGUUCUACCAUGAUGAAUUUAAAAGGUGGAUCUAUCUUAAUGACCAGAAUCUGUGCAUCCCCGCCAGUUCUUCUUUUGUUUAUGGAGCGGUCCCUAUAGGAGCCAGUAUUUACGUUAUUGGAGAUCUUGAUACAGGUACCAAUUACGACUACGUGCGUGAGUUUAAAAGAAGCACAGGAACCUGGCACCACACCAAACCGCUCCUUCCAUCUGACCUUCGCCGCACGGGGUGUGCAGCCUUACGUAUUGCAAAUUGCAAGCUUUUCCGCCUGCAGCUUCAGCAAGGCUUAUUCCGUAUUCGUGUUCACUCACCUUGAAGAGGAAGCAGAGCAGAGCGCGAGAUACUGACCGAGGAGCACCAUAACAUAGCUUUACGUGAGGGAGGACGGAGAUGGCCGCUGACACUUACCGCGUGCUGGGCUUUGGGAUGGUAACUCUUCAGUAGUUUUAUUAUGCUUACAAGCUUGGGCUUCAGCUCUUCUUUGGGAGAACACGUAACUAUUGAAAAACUACCUGGAAGGAAUCGGUUCCUCCAGUUAGAUGUGUCUGUACACAGUGGAGGCUAGUCAGUAUCGACAGGAAGAGGGAGUGGGAACUGGUGUCAUGUAAAAUACUGAAGUUAAAAUACUAAGGUGCAUUUUUCCCUGAAGGGAACUCACAUCUGACUGACUGCUGUUUUCAAAUAUGUGGCUUUGGUAAACAAACAAACAAAUCCAUAUAUGCAAAGCAACAUAUCCAAACAUGCCAAGAUUGCUUUUCUACUGCACUUGGAAGGAUGUAUCAUGCCUAACCCUGCCCAACAAACUAAGGUUUGUGCCUGAAAUGUUAGAUUGGACCAUAUGCCAGUUAGUCUCCAUUUAUUACUAAUACUCUGUCCUAAGAAUGUUUCUAAGACCAUAUUAUGAUGAAUUGAAGGUAAAAUUUCUCUUUUAUAACAUUCUGUCUUAGUAAUGUAAAGUUUCAAUAAGUUGAUGAGUCAGGUUGCAGCCCUCCUAUGAACUUAAAGGAAGUUGCCAACCUCUGUGUUAAUUUAGAUGAUGACACGUCAUGCCGUCAUUUCCAGGUAAUACUUUUGGAGUUGUGAAGGAUCUCAUGCAGUGCCAUUCUUCCUUUUCAGUGGAUCAGAACCAUUUUAUAAGUAUGAGGAUAUUAGUGAGUAGGAGAUUUUAUAAAAGAAAGACCUGAGUCAGACGAAUAAUAAAGGUCUGCUGUGGCUUAAAAAAAACAAAAAAAAACUGUCCAGAGAAAAUACAUAGGGAUCAAAAACUUUUUAAUAUAAUCUGUCUGAAAGCACACAAAGUCUUGUUUACUACUGUUUUGAAUUUGAAAACUUGUCUUAGAACGAGAGUCUGUAUUAAGAAUCUAGUCUUUGUAAUAGAAUUUUCCCAGUGCCGUUUGCUAGCAAGUUUUAGGCAAAUUAUGUUACGAGUAAAGUUUGGCUGGUAGAAUAAACUACCUCAACUUCAUUUCAUUCUGUUCAUAAUAGUAGAGCAAAUCAGUCUUUUCCUCUGUCCUUCCUUUCCUGUCUCUCUCCCAUCUCAAGUCACUCUGCCCUACUUCUCAAUGGGAGGAAAAACAUCUUUCAUUAGUGGAACUUACCUUGUAAAAUAUUUUGUUUCCCACUGAAAUUACACCACCACAGUG